ACUGUAUUUUCUCAGUCAGUUUUGUGUAAAAUAAUGCUAAGUUAAUCUGAUAAACGACUGCUGUUGGAAGAUGUAUUGUAAUUAUGUUUCAUUUAAUCAUUUGAACUAAAAUCUAAUCUUUUUCCAUAAACAGGGUGUGUUUUGUCUUCUCCUACUUGCUGAUUUUCCUCUUUUCCUCUUUCUAUCCUUCUCUUUAUUUCUUCGUUCCUCUUCUUCUUUUUCUCCUCUUUCUUUUCUCUUUCUCUUGCUUCCCUUAUUUUGUUUCCAUUUUUCUACCAAAAUCUAUCUAUCUCUGUCUGUCUCCUCUUCUCUCCUUGUCUUCUUCCUCUCAUAUGGGUUCUCUAACUAACUUUCCCAUUGACCAAGUUGACUCCAUUGGUGUGGACAUUGAGGUCAAUAAUUUAAGCGAUGAACACUUUCGAGAUGUAAUGGAAGAACUUACCAACCAUCAAAUUCCUGAAAGAGAAAAAUGUCCGCUGGUUCGUCGAUUGAAUGCAUCAAUUAGUGGUUAUUUCAAGAGUACCGGUGAUGUUGGUUUUUCAAAGAUGAACCCUAACAAUAAUAAGGGCAAUGGUGAUAGAAUAUUAACUGGUGAUUAUCCUGGUGCCUGUGGCAAUAAUGUUAUUGGUGGUGCUCGUGGUGUAGAUGAUAGUAAUUCUAUUGAAUUGGUUGAAUACCGUCGGACAUUUGAAUUAAAAAACUAUCAUUCACCUAAGAGUUCCAAUCAAAGUGAUAUCAAGAGUAAACCAAGUGAAAGCAAAGGAUCAGAUGGUUCAAAUUCUUCUAGUGUCCCUAUAAAUACUUCAUCAUCAUCAGCCAACAGUUGUAAAAUCCCAGAUUCAUCCUUAACCUCCAAUCUCAACCAAAAUGGCUCGAGUGUGGACUCUUUCGUCAAUUUUGAUAGUCUCAAACGCCCACCUAGUGAACCCACCAGUGAGUCAAUGGAAGAUGCAAGUUUAAAUAAUAACUCUACAACUAAGAGUAACGUCAGUAUCAAUAGUACUAUUAAUCCUAACUUAACUGCUAUUAAUACUAACAAUUUUGCCAAUGAUAAUAACAAAGACGUCAGUAAAGACAACAGCAACUCUUCUAAUAACAAUAAUAGUACCAGUACCAGUACUAGUAACAAUAAUAGUAAUAAUAAGGGUAAUCGUAGCUCAAGCAACUCUAAAACAGAGAAAAAGAAGAAAUCAAAAAAAGGAGAAACCGUUUACACAGCUCAAGACAUUGAUGGACACAUUGGUGACCAAUCAAUAGAUGAUCUUGUCUACUAUGUGACUGGAAAUAAAGGAGAAAUCGGUACUGGAAACAGUGGUGGUGUUACUAGUGGUAUCACCAUGGUAGGAAGUAGUAAUGGUAGUGGGAUUGUUGGUGGUUGUGGUAAUAAUGGUGGAAGUGUUUGUGGACCAUCGCCUAGUGAGAAUAAGUUGACUACCAAUUCAAAAAACAAUAAAGAUGGUAACAGUGGAGGAAAGGUCAAGAAAAAAGAGAAAUCAUCUUCAUCUCCAACAUCAUCAUCAUCAGUAAAUAGCUCUACAAGCAUCCAAGGUCGUAAUAAAAAAGGAUCGAAUAACAGCUCUAAUACUACUAUUUCUGCUGUUAACCAUAAUUUUAAUUAUAAUAGUAAUAACUUUAAUAAUGCUAAUAGCAGUGUUAAUUGUGCCUCUACCAAUGGAAAUGCUAGUGAUAAUGACGUUAAAAAUUUUGGAAAUAAAUAUGAAAAGAUUAUUUGUUCUGUUGAUUCUGGUCUCGGUAAAAGCAUUCCAAGAAGCUCUUCAGCAACAAUCUUUGACUCAAAGUUUUCCCCCUCAAAUGUUGCUCAAUGUGAAGUGAAUUCAUCUUUGGAUGCAUCCUCUACUAGUCCUAUUCUUACUAAGUCUCACUCUACUGAAUCUUCGUCUGCAACCUCAAUGCAACUUGUGACCAAAAUGAUUACUGGUACUGGUAUCGUAGUUAAAUCUAAAGUCAAAGACUUUGAUUCAAACAAGGAAUCAAUUAUAAAUGAUGGUUUAAAAAACAAAGAAAGUGAUACCAGUAACAAAAUAACCACUGCCAAUGGGGACCUUGAGAAUAGCUAUAUGGAGCCUAGGUAUGCAGCCUCAGACUCAGAAAUGGCUGACCAAGAGACUAGUUUUCAAACUGUUAAAUCAAAACACUUAAAAAGACGUAAAGGAGUAUCAAGAAACAAAGGAGAUUUAAGAAUGUCAUCACCUUUACCACGUUCAUCUAAUCAUAUUUUUACAAACUCUUCUUCCUCUACAUCAACAACUCCCUCUGUUACUUCAUCAACUAGUAACUCAGUGAAUACUUCAAUGACUGCUCGAGGAUAUGAAAGUGAAAGAGAAUACUGUGCCGAUGAAUAUAGGAGAAGAAAGGAGUAUUUGAAUCAUCGUAAACUCGCCUCAAGUAUGCCACACUCUGAACAAAAUUCAGCUGAUAAUUCGGACAUGGAAUCUUCCUGUUCGUAUCCGGUAUCAGGACGGAUGCCUAUUUUACCCACUCCACCUGGGCCUCCAACAGCAUCCUCCAACUCUAUCUCAUCAACUCCUAAAGUCUCCUACGCUGAUAUCGCGAAAAUGGGAUCCGUAAUUGGUGUUACACCUUCUAUUGGUGUUGCCAAAGGUACUCAAUCAACCAACGUGACCUUAAAUAACUCUAAAUCUGACAAUAAUAAUAAUAGCUGUAGUGGUAAAGAUGAUAAUAAUAACAUUAAUUCUAGUAAUAUCAGUGGCUCUGCUGACACCAGCACCAAGACAAUUUCAACUGUUGAUUCUGGGUUGUCCACAUCAAUUCAAACCAACUCAACCUCUACUUCAUGUAGCCCUUAUUUCAACUCCAGUCCUAAUUGUAUCUCACCUUCAGGUUUAUCUUCCCCCAACCAACCUGAUGGAUCUAAAACAGUAAAGAAUAAUCAAAUUAACAAAUCAUUUGAAUCAUCAAUAGAUGCAACUUUAUCUAAAGAAAACCCUCCAACGAUCAAAAGUGAAAACAAUUUUGACCAAGCAAAUUCAUCAAAAGAUGGUAAAACUAUUUCCUCAAAUAGUUCCAACCAAAAUAACCUCGCUGCCGUUGCCAUUCGUCCUAAAAAUUUUAAUACAUCCAAAGAGACCAAAAUGGAAAAUCAAAAAGUCAUUAAUGAAGAUAACUCAAAUAAUAAUAGAUCCAAGAAUGAUAAAAAAAUGGAAAAGGACACAUCAACAGCAAUUAUAUCUACAGCAACAACUAUUACAUCUUGUGUUUCUGCAAACUCAUCUGAUUCAAAACCAUCAAAAGCCACAACUGUAUCAACAAUUGUUACAAAGAAUGCUUCUAAAUCUUCUAUUUCAUCAAGUUCCAAAACAUUGAAAGCCUUAUUAUCUCCUCCUGCUGAAAAAACUCCCACUUUUGAUAUGAAAAAAGAAAAUAACAAACUUAGUGACUCAAAAGUUGCCUCUAUUAAAAGUGAUACUUCUCGAGCAUUAAUGCUCAAAAAAUCUAAUAGUAUUCCUGGAGCUAGUGUAAAAAAUGAUUCUUUUCGGGUUGAAUCGAAUGAACCAAAUAAUUCAAUUUCAACAAAUCAUUCUAAAUUGCCAAGCAGUUUACCUCCAGUGAUUAUGAAUGAUGAUUCGGAUGCAGUCGACGAGGUUGAAUCGCCAUUUACAUUUGGUUUCUUUGACGAUGUUUCAUCAUCUAAUUCGUCAUCAAACCCUGGAAUGAAUAUGUCUUUUGUUUCAAAAUCAACCGUCGCUACAACUAAAGCUACUGACUCAGUGGUGAUGAGCAAACUUGCAACUGCAAAAUCACCAUCUCUAGUUACUGAAACAAGCUCAACCUCAGUUAACAAUAAAACUAAUCACCAUAAUACUUCAUUUUCAAAUGUUAAAUCAUUAAAGAUUGCCUCCACGUCUACUCCAGCUCAUUCGACUGCAGCAACGAUAAUUAAUUCUGUAACUAAUCUUGACUCUACAUCAUUAGAUGCAUCAAAGUCAUCGGAAGCUCAAGUUGAGGCACCACAAGAUAGAAAGAUUUCUGAUAAAAGUUCUAAAUCAUCGUCUGAAAAUACUAGUCUCGAGAAGUUCAUUGCUAUUAAAUUAGCUGAACCUCCGACAAACAUGGAUGCUGAUACCAACACUUUUAACUACAGUCAGAUUAUUAAUUUCAUCAAAACUGCUUGGGAAAGUGUUUUGUGCCAAUAUCAACGUUCACCUGAUAAAAACAACUCUCGCAGCUCUACCAAAGGAGCUAAUUUAUUUCAUGAGAGUACAACUUAUUAUAAGGAACUAAUAUUUCCGUGAGAUUUUGUGUUGAACUAUGGCAGUUGAAAUCGUUCUCUAACUCUAACAUUUUUCCAGUUUCAACUUCCUCGAUCAUCUGCCUCUCUCUCUCUUCUCUCUCCUCUUUCUCUUUCGCUUUACAUCGUCCUUGUUCUAUGGAAGUAAUCUAUUCGCAACGAUAACAAAUAGAUAAAGAAAUAAAUCCCAAGCCAUAAAAAGCAUAUCAAACUGGAAACUUCGUGGCUAAUAAAAACUGAACAUAUAACUGCAACGCAUAAACCAGGCAAAAAUUCUCAAGUGAUUUCAAAGAAAAAAAGAGACUUCAGGACCAUUCUUAUAUUAAGUUACUAAAAUUUAAUUGAACGACGAUUUAUAUAAACUCAUCAGUGAAGUUUGAUUGUGAAAAAGUGUUACAAAAAAUGAUAAUUAUGUUGGUACAACUCGUACAGUAUCCUCUACAUAUAAAGUAUACAAGCAUCGUCACAUCCAUAACUAAACAAAGACACUACAUUUACACACACAUCCAUUACCUUACAUACUAAAAUAUACUUGAAUACACUAAUACACACAACACACAUUACUAAUCCAUGGUUAUGUAUCAUAAAAAAUUUGCAAUCAACCCUCGGAAAAUCAAGAAAUGAAAAUGAACAGAAUCCUGUACUAAACGAAAAGAUAUUACGAGAAAUACGGAGAAGGAGAGGGAAACUACAAAGAAACUAAAUAUGCUUGGAAUCACACACUCGAAUCUGGUUUUUUUUCUCGAUGUGUUAUGAUAAUUUACAAAUCUUGUUUUUUUUUGUUUUUGUUUUUUCCUUUUCCUUGCCAAUCAACAUCCCGUUAUUACGCUCUCUCUCCCUAACUGUGACUCUUUUUAUCAUAUUGUGAUUUCCUUAUUCUUCUUUUGCCCUUCCACUGCUCUUCUUCGUAAACUCGGCGUGCUUGUGUGUGUGCAUAUCUUCUGAUUGAACUUUUUGUUCUGAAUGGCUCAUGCUUCUCAAAAUCAAACCCAAUGUACUUUUCUCUCUAUUAUUUCUUCUUCCAUCUUAUUUCUCUUUUUGUCUUGACUGUUUCUUCUCCUGCCUUUGCUUCUUUUUUUCUCUUCUCUGCGAAAAUUGUUCGUUUCUUCAUUUAAAAUUUUUCUCCCUUCAAUUUUUGCCAUUGGUUGAGUACGAUUGAGUGAUGGACAAAGUUUGGCCAAACGUCCCUCAACCCUUUCUCUUCCAUUGUUUGAGCGAUGUUUCAUUUUUUCCCCUCUCGAAUUGAAUUCUAUUUGUUUAACAAGCAAUUUAAAUGAACCAGCCAAUAAAUGCUUUCCACUUAUUAGAUUAACGACCAAUCAGAUUAGUAAGAGCAAGAGAAAAAGACUUGAUAAAAACAGAAAAACGAAACUUUAGUCUUGCUAAAAUUACAAUUAGUAAACUAACACUUUCAAUGAAAGAUGGCUCUGAGUGGUCAAUUGGAUUAAUGUUAAAUUAUAAUGAUUAUGAAAAUGAAAAAAUUACAAUCAACUCGGUUCCAAUCUUAGAGUUUGCGUUUACUCAUUGUUGAAACAAUAAAUAAUUGUAAGGUGUCAAACCGACAGUGAAGACAUUAAAUAUCCAAUUUUCAUGGAAAA